UGGAGGCCACAUGUGUAAUGGCGUCCGACAGGCCUGUGGAAGAUUCUGGAAUAGUUGAGGGGCCACGAGUGUGGGGCUAUUCCCAAGCACUUGAAGACUCAUCGUUCUGAACGUGUGGUAAGGGGACAGGAGCAACCUACAAAUUGCACCAAAGAGAAGCCUCAGGCCUGGAAGCAACGUUGAGCGGCAGGUCAAUUUCACAAUAAAUUACAGGACAGGAAGUCAGACCAGUGAUAAAGCACAGGACAGGAUCCUGAAUCUCUGGAAAUCGAAUUUCACCUCAGAUCAAACGGAAAUUUAUUAAAAGGAAAUGGGAGAGACUUCACAACGUGGUAACUGGUCUGCAACUCAGCUGCUUGAAAAGGCAUCUGGUGGACUGGCACUCAAAGGAAUUUUUGUCAGUAAGAAUCUGAAUGAUCUGUUAAAGACGCGGGAAAGACUGCUGGAAGUCCCAAAGACAUGCUGUCUAUUGGGUCCAUCCAUGAACCCUACUGAACACACUGAGAGGUUCACGUCUCACACACAUGCCGAAAAUUCAAAGAAGUGUGUGGAACAGUUGGGUCUUGGUAUCAGAAGCAGUGUUGAGACUAAAUUCUGGAGCUUUGAACUUGAUGUUAAGGGAGAGCAUAACACUUCCAGCAGCAGUUCUAACAGCACAAAAACUACAUAUGUCUCUUUUUAUAAGAUGAUCGUUGUACCAAUGGCCAGUGUUGAGUUAAACUGCAAGGAUCUGAAACUGUCAGAAACUGCUGUCAACUCUCUGAAAGAUGUUGAAAUGAAUCUGCACUAUCAGGAGUCAGAUCAUGUGAAAGAUAUUUCGAGCGAGCAGUUCCUGGAACGAUUUGGGUCACAUGUAAACAGCAGCAAUAUUCACUUUGGGGGAAAUUACUUGAUAGAAACAGAAAGUGAUAAAUUGAAAACCCAAGAGAAAGAAGAUGCUGAAGAAGUCAUGAAAACAUUGGUCAACACAGAUUUACAAACUAGUGCAUUAGGCUUCGUCAGUGCCAGUGUUUCAGCGUCUGCGACUCACUUUAAGUCUAACAUUAACUCUACCUGCAAAAAGACUCUAUUGGAUAAAAUAAGUGUCCACAUUACUAAGAUCGGUGGCCCUGUUGAAGCAUCAUCAGUUCUAGACUGGAAGAAAGGAUUACAGGAACAGGACAGCACUUGGCGCGUCAUUGAUCGUGGCUCUGUUCACAGCCUAGUUCCUGUCUGGAAAGUAAUUCAACAGAACCACAGGACAGACUUUGACAAUUAUCAAUUAUUAACUGAAAGCUUGCAGAGAUGCUGGGAAAGGAAAACUGGAUUACAGGCUGAAGAUACAGAAACUGGAAAAGUGACGGAGGUUAAUACCAGUAUUCAAGAUCUGGUGCAGGAAGUAAGCAAAUGGAACUCCGUCUCAGAAUCAGAGUUUGUUGCAAACUGUAUAAGGCACAUUUCCCAGUGUGCACACAUUAAAGCCUCUUUGGGAAAACACUUCGCAAUAGACACAGACAGACUGUGGUAUUGUGAAUUUAUUUGUAAAAGCCCCGUUCAGGAAUUCUUCAGUAAUGUUUUAAAAUGCAUUGCAGAGAACAGAAUUGUAGGUGUGGAUAAAAUCUAUCUAAAGGUUCAACUGGCACAUCUGUUGCAGCCUCAAGAAAUAAUAAACAGCUUGGAUUUUCCAAACAUCUCAUCAAUCUUGCAACAACUGACUGACAAUAUCAGUGAUGAGAAAGAAUUAAUCUUCUCCAGUUUUAUGGAAGCAAAGGAAUAUAUCAAGAAACUGGAGAAAAUGUUACAGGGGCCAGAUGUUGGGAACGAAUUUCAAAGAAAAGUUUGCAGUGAGCUGGGAAAAUCAUUGUUUCAGCUACAACAAAGUAAAGAUCAGGAGACAUCUUUGCUCUUGACUGCACUUCUGCACCCACUAUUCCACCAACCUAGUGGAAUACUGAUUCAGCCUCUAACAGAGGAUGGCUGUAAGUACCUGGUCUCUCAGUUAGAUCAAAUCGAAACCUUCAGGCAUGAAAUGGAGACAAUGCAGAAGGCACAAUGCCAAGCCUUCCUGCUCCUCAAAGCACUGACUGCCAGAGUCACUGAGUCAGAAUAUAAAGAUCCCAGAAUAGUACUAGAAACAAUGUUUGCAAAAAUGGACAAAGAAAUAUCGCAUCAAGUCCGUGAGGCAGUGAUGACUCAGAAUGGAAGCUUUUUAUCUGACAUGGAACUUCUAAAAGAAACAUUACUACAUUUAUCAGCCAAAAAAGAUGGAUUGGAAGAAAACACACCAUCAGAACAUCGUGAAACUUUGGAAAGAUUCACAUUCAGUGAUGAUAGAGAAAAGAACAUCAAUAAGUGUACUGAGCAAUCAAGCAUAUCCCACAAUGAGACACCACCUCAAAUUGUGAAUGACUUGGGAUUACAAAAUUAUUUUCCUCAUAAACUAUCCCUAAAUUUCACUCGGGAGAUCAGCUGGGAUAAACUGAGUGACAGUAAGCUGACUGAGUUAAAAGAUGUCCCUUGGCGUUUCCUCCAAAAGAUCCUCUCUGCCAAUUCUAUUGCAAGGAACCUUGAAUGGCCACUUGCUCAACAAUCAGAAAGUGAGAUCGAUGCUGAUGAAGAUUUCAAUGGUUUCUUUGAGGGAAAAGAAACCGAGAUUUCUGAGAUUAAUCCUCAAGAUAUCAUUACUGUUAUCUUCCUUUGUGCAGAUUACUUACUACAACAGGAGCUAAUGCUGAAGAUGUCUCUAUGCCAGUUUGCAUUACCCUUUCUGCAGCCAUAUAGGGAUAGUUAUUCUACAGAAAAGAAGAGGGAUUCCACAGAUGAACCUGGUGGCACCCUUCUCCUGUGGGCAAUGCGAUCUAUUGUUAAAAAAUGGUGCCCACAAUCCCAUGUAUCAAGUAACAGCUUUGUGCAAGAGCCAAUUGUAACUGCAGCCAUGCCAACCAUUUCCUUCAUCAGGAUUGGAAGAUGCAGUAUCUCCAAAUCGAAAAUUCUCAAUUUCACCUUGAGCCAGACACAACAACAACAGAAUAUCUUCCUGCACUCGGGGAUGGACUGUGGACAUGUUCCUCGUGACAUAUCUGAUGGACUAGCCGAGAUCAGCUGGUACCUUCCAUCUGGCAAAAAGAAUUUGGACGUAUUCCCCGAGGCUGCAGCAUUCAUUAACCUCCGAGGAGAUGCUGAAAUUUAUCAGAGAAACACUCGGUUUCUUGCUAAAGUCUCUGCUGCUCUCUUUAUAUUCAUUGAUGUCAUUGGGGAAAAGGAAAGAAAAUUCCUUACUUCUCUUGCACAGUCACCAGCCAAAUUCUUUCUCAUAAUCAACUCACACAGCAAUCAGCAAAAGAUAACCCAACAGCAAACGAAGGAACUGUUCAAAGGUCUACAGUUAAAACCUCAACAAUGCAUUGUUCGGACAAAUUUAAAUGAUGCAAAGCUUGUGGAAAACCUUUGUUUGAGAAUUGAACAAAUGAUUCUAACUCGGAAAGAGAACAAGACCUCUCUAACCCUGGAGCAAAUGGCUGAAAUCGCACGAGAAAGUGGGAUUCAAAUCGAUGAACAUCAUCCCAAAAUACAAAGUGCGAAACAACUGGCCUCCAAAAUACUGGAAGGCCUUAACCCUGAAGCCAUUAUUGAAUACAAACAGAGGGUGUUACCCUUCCAUGGGAAGCCCUGGCAAGAUUGGUCUAAAGCUGAGAAAGAGAAGUCUCGCAUGAAACUCCGAAAGAACAAGACGACAGAGGUAUACAAAUAUGAGCUGGAGCAAAAGCAGAAAAAAAUCCAAGGAGAUCUGAUCAAGCAGAACUUGUCGAAAGAGAUGCAACAAUUCAUUACAGAACUGAUUUCAACUUGUGCAGAAGAGAGAGCGCUUUUCCUACAAUGGCUGAAGUUCAAUCUGGACAGUAAAUCAAGGGAGAUAAUGUCAAACUUAUGCAGCGCUUAUAAAACUUUUUUGAAAGACUCAAAGCAAAAGACAAGUGAGCUGAAAGAUUUGGAUCAGAAAAUGUCUGAUAGUUCUCUUGGACUUGAGCAUUUCAUGAGGGAACUGGGUCAGGUUUAUGAGAUUUCAGUGACAGCAAGUAAUAUGAGCUCAGAGAGAAAAAUAAACAGGAAUAUAUUGGAGUUACCAAUAGUUGCAGCUGAACUGUUGCUGCAAGGGUUCCCGCUGGAGCUCAUUGAUGGAGAUGUUUCCAACAUACCGGUUCAGUGGGUCACUGCUGUACUGAAGGAAGUAGCUAAGAAAGUGGGCACUGCUUCCCGUGUGUUCGUGGUGACAGUGCUUGGUGUCCAGAGUACAGGGAAGUCUACACUCCUAAAUACAAUGUUCAGUUUGCAGUUUGCUGUGAGUAGUGGCAGAUGUACACGAGGAGCCUUCAUGCAGUUUCUCAAGGUCACAGGGCGACUGAGAAAAGAUCUUGGCUGCGAUUUCAUGCUGGUGAUUGACACUGAGGGCCUGAAAGCUCCAGAACUCGCAACCCUUACAGACAGUUAUGAGCAUGAUAAUGAGCUAGCAACAUUUGUCAUUGGAUUAAGCAAUUUAACUUUAGUAAAUAUAGGGAUGGAAAACCCCACCGAGAUGAAAGAUGUUUUGCAGAUUGUUGUGCAUUCCUUAAUCCGCAUGAAACUAACUGGAAAGCGGCCAAGCUGCCUAUUUAUCCACCAGAAUGUUGGCGAUGUGUGUGCGUAUGAUCAGAACCUGAGGAGUCGUCAAAAACUGCUAGAACAACUGGACCAAAUGGUAGAGGCUGCAGCUAAACUGGAGAAGGUGGACAAAAUGAAGUUCUCAGAUGUGAUGGCGUAUGAUGCUAAUCAGAGCAACUGGUACAUCCCAAGUCUGUGGCAUGGCACUCCUCCAAUGGCUGCAGUCAAUACUGGUUACAGUGAGCAAGUCUUUGAGCUGAAGAAGCACAUCAUUCAAUGUUUAGCAAAACGUAGCAAAUCCGAAAGAGCUUUAACAAUUCCAGACUUUAUCAAGUGGAUGCCUGGGCUUUGGGAGCAGGUGAAAAAUGAGAACUUCAUUUUCAGUUUUCAGAAUAGUCUAGUUGCUGAAGCUUACAAUCAGCUCUCCACGAAGUACAAGGAGUGGGAAUGGAAUCUCCGCAAAUUUGCACACUCCUAUACAUGUGAAACUGAAAAUAGAAUAAAGAAUGAAGAUGGUCAUCUCACCCAACUGCUCCCAAAAUUGGAACUGGAGAUCAGGAAAACGAUUGAUGACAAAAAGCAGGACACACUCAAUAAACUAAAAAGUCAUUUUGAAAGUGGUGCUGAUAAUGUGCAGCUGAUGGAGAAAUACAGGGAGCAAUUCGAACAAAGCAUUUCCAUGUUAUGUCGGCAACUCCAGGAUAAUUUAUUACAGAAAUGUAAAGAUACUGUCAACAGGCAAGUGGGAUUAUCGAAAGUGGAUGCUAUUUGGGAAGAAUUCAACAACAAGAUUGAAGAACAAGUCAAGAAACUUUUACAAAAUUGUAAAGAAAUUCAGCAGGUGUUACAUGAUGAAGAACUAAAAGCUGCCUUUGAAAGAAUGUGGCAUGAUACGCUCUCUAAAUUGAACUAUCAGCCCUGCAGUAAAAGAAACAUUGAGGUCGAGAUCGAGAAUCUUCUGAGAGAUGACAUGGAAACACAAGGAAGAGUGAUAAAUGCAAGUCUGAAAGAGAAAUGCCUGUCAAAGCACGGGAACCGACCCUUUAAGAUUCUGGAGAAACACAUUAAUGUGUCAAACUGGAGGUUGGUUAGAAACUUAGGUAGAAUUUCUCCAUCAGAUUUAGAACAAGCAGGACAGAUAUCAAAUAUACUUGAGAUCGAAUGUAGGGAACAGAUCAAUAACAUUGCAAAAAUGGACAUGGAUUAUGAUAUCAAAUAUUGUAUUGAACUUUUGGACAACAUAGACAAAAAAAUCAACGAUAAUGAUUCAGAUUCAAAGUUUACAAUGAGUGAGAUUUUCAGGGCAGAGUUUAAACUUCACAUGUGUGGCUACGCAGCACCAAGAUUCAUGGAAAUGCAAACCAAAUUUAUCAACAAACAUGAUCCACAGAAGAGGCUGGAAAGCAAAAAAGAUCAAUACUUUGAAGUAUUCAUGGCGAUUUACAAGGAGCAGGAUCAGAAUCAACAACAAGCAGAACGAUUUGUAACACGCUGCUUUAUGCCAGCUGUCAGAGAUGCCACAUUCAACAGUCUCAGCCUGAAAAUAGUGGACGAUAUGAAAAGAAAUGACCCUGAAGGAAAGUACACACUCCGCAAUAACUUCAUUGUAGCACUUCUGAUCUAUUUAAAACAAACUAACAGCUUUGAAGAAUAUUACCAGUACAUUAAUAACCUUGAGAAUUUUGCAUCCAACUGGCUUCACAAGCAGGUUAUUGCAUACUGCAAAAUGCAUUUUAAGGGAGAAAUGAAAUUUAUACAUCUAGCUAAGGAAAUUGUCAAAGAAAUCACUCAACAAGCCAUUGAAUUUGUCAGAGAUGUAUCACAGCAGAACAUUUCUGGAAAUGUUCAGGGCUUCCUUAAUCUGUUUGUUGAUAAGUUCAAAACAAAAUUUGUAAUGCCCAAAGAGGAGUUGAAAUUUGUUUUAUUCCAGAGUGACAGCAAUGCAAGGAAAUUUGCAGAAGCAGUUCUACUGUCUAUUGCAGAGGCAGAGAAGCUCCUCCUCCAUGAGGUGACAGGCUGGAAUGUUGAAGCAAAGGUGAAAGAAUUAUCUGUAAAACCGAAUAAGGAAAUCUUUAAAGGCUUAUUCAGUUGCACAAAGAAAUGCCCUUUCUGUGGAGUUUUCUGUGAUGCAGAGAGCCCUGAGCACCAGCAGCAUUUCAGUAAACAGCACAGGCCUGAAGGAUUAACUAGUUUUCGAUGGAGAGACAGCCAGCGUCUUGUGGUGGAUGUUUGUACAGCUUCAGUCGCAACUAAUGCAGAAUUCUGCAAUGGUGACACAAAUGGUAAGUACGUACCCUACAAGGACUACCAAACAGUCAAUGAUUACUAUAGAUCCUGGACUAUUCAAAAGGAACUCACUGCAGAGGCAACAUCCUACUGGAAAAAAGUUUUUUACACUUACAAUGAGAAAUUUGCUGAGAGAUAUGGAGCAAAAUGUGCAGAAAUUAGCAAAUCCUGGGACAUUGGAUGGGAUGAAAUAAAGAAGCAUCUGAACAAAACAUACAGCACAAAUAUCGAAUCCCUGUAGGAAUCUUUUCAAUAUCUGGGCAAUGCAAACACCUUAAAUCAAUCAGAAAUUACAGAGUAUAUAUGGAAAUGCCAAGAAAUGCAUUACUGUAAACUUUCAAAUGCCACAAUGCUAAAUUAAAAGUUAGGAGAAAUGUUUUCACUCACGUUUUAUUAAGUAUAAUUAAGUUAUGGAAUGUUAUUAGGGAAAGGAACUGGAGAGGAUAUUGGAAAUUAAGUCAGGAAACAGUCAGAUAUAUUUCUAACAGGAAUUUGAGAUAUGAGGAAGAGGGAUUGAAAGGUGUAGAGAGAAAGUGUUGAGAGACCGAGGGACAUGGAGAAGGUAGUGAGUGACAUGGACUGAGUAACCGAGGGACAGGGUGAGAAAUAUGUUAAAAUUGUGGAUUGGCCAGGUCAACAUUUGUAAGAAAGGUUUAAUCUCACUGCCAAUUCCUGAUUCUCUUUCUUAAGAAUAGAGCACUGUAUCAGACACCCAAUCAGCUUCCUGGUCAGUUUCUUCUCAGUUAUGUAUUACAUAGCUCUGAAUGCAUCAGUCUGAAGUGUAGGGAAAUGAUAGUUGCUUAUGAAUCUCUACCAAGAAAAGCUUGCACGAUGUAAUUAUAUUCUUAAAUAUCGUUAAUAUGCUGCAGGUUCUUAAAAGCCACAUUAUUCAUAUUUUUACUGAGUGAAUUUGAAAAGAUUUACAAAUAUUCAAACUGAAGCAGUAACAGGCAUCUGCAAGUACAAUGUGAGGCAGGAAUCUGAGUAGAUAGUUUCAGAUUAGAAACCAUUUCUAGUACAGAAUGGGCUGAAUGGCCAGUUUGGUGCUUUAAUUCUGAGCAUUCAAUGAUUUAUGUCAGUUCUGCCUGUAACCUCUAUCUCUGAAACUGAAGAACCAGAGGAUGCAUGACCUUAAUGGGCAGAGUUGGUUUUACUUUUGUUGCCAACUUGAGACAAGGAUAUUGUCACAGUGGGACAGGAACAAGUUCCUUUAUGAACUGCAACAGAACAAACACAAAAAUAAACUACUUCACGAGGAAAUGCGCCUUCAUGCCACCUGAAUUCUCCCUCCACAGAAAUUCUACCAUCUACAAAUCCACACACAGUAUCUGACUUAGACAAUAAGAUGUAGAAGUAGACUAUUCACACCAUUGAUCUCAGGGAGUCCCUCUCCAACUGCAAUUCCAGGUCAUUUCCUACUCUAUGUUACUUUCUCCCCACCCCCACCUUCCUCUAGCUUAUCUCUCCACGCUUCAGGCUCUCUGCCUUUAUUCGUGAUGAAGGGCUUUUGCCCGAAACGUCGAUUUUACUGCUCCUCGGAUGCUGCCUGAACUGCUGUGCUCUUCCAGCACCACUGAUCCUGAAUCUGGUAUCCAGCAUCUGCAGUCAUUGUUUUUACCUCUAUUCAGAGCAUUGGGUCUGCUCCAUCAUUAAAUGAGAUUUUGGUUGAGUUGAUAAUUGUCAACUCCACUUUCCUUCCUUUUCCCCAUCGUAAUUAAAAUAAAUCUAUCUCAGCUUUGAAUAUACUUCAUAACCCAGGCUUGAGUGUCCUUUAUAGUAAAGAAUUUCACAGAUUCACUACCCAUUGAAAGAAAAAAUGCCUCCACAUCCUUGUCUUACAGAACCUCAUUCUGAGAUUACGUCUCUGGUUGUAGACUCUCUCGUAAGGGGAAGCUUAUCUUUGAACCAUAGUAUCAUGGAAUCCCUACAAUGUGGAAAUGGACCAUUUGGCCCAACAAAUUCACAGACCCUUCAAACAGUAUCCCACCCCGACCCUAUCACUCUACAUUUACUAGAUUUGAAUGGUGCUGGAAAAGCAUAGCAGUUCAGGCAGCAUCCG